AUGGCAGGUGAAGAUGAACACAUGCAAGAUGACAUCGACGCCGGAUGGUUUAUACUGAAUAUCGAUGGAGAUGACGAGGAUCUCGAUGAAGAUGAGGAUAUGCAAGAUGACAUCGAGGAUCUCAAUGAAGACGUUGAGAAAGAUUACCUCAUCGCUAGACGUGUGACAAUUCAAGCCAUAAUGCGUAAUGAUUCAAUCAGCGACCAGGACAAGCGUUUGCAAAUUCAAGCAAUAAUGCGUGCUGUAGGGGCGACGCCAUCACCAUCACCAGUAUUACCGGAAAACAAGUCACCUUGUGUCCACUACGAACGAAAUUGCAACAUUAUUGCGCCAUGCUGCCGCCAUGUAUAUGGGUGCAGAAUUUGUCAUGACGAAUCAAAUCUAGCCAGUCACCCAAUUAUGAACCAAUUCCUAGUCUGCAAGCUGUGCAAUAUUAAGCAACAAAUAUCCAAUCAAUGCAUCAGCUGCAAAGCCAUUUUUGGCAAGUACCAUUGCAGUACCUGCAAUCUUUGGAUGUCACAGUCCAAGAAGCCUUUUCACUGCACAAAAUGUGGAUGUUGUCGAGUUGGGGGCGCUGACGCCUUUCGACACUGUGACGAAUGCUGUACGUGUAUAUCCAUUGGUGUAUAUGCGGAUCACCAAUGCUCCAAGGACAAAUACAAGAAAAAAUGCCCUGUGUGUGAAGACGACAUGCUCUCGCCACCUCAAUCUCCUCAGGAUCUUCCUUGUGGCCACACUAUUCACGCUCACUGUUUUCGAAAACUGGCUGGCUUUGAUUAUCGAUGUCCCAUCUGCGAAAAGCCUGUCGUCUCAACAAAACAACUGAUAGUCCACUGGGAUUCAAGGGUACGAGACAUUGCAGAGCACCCUAUGCCAGCGGAUCUUCAAAGAGUUAUCGACAUGAUGUGCAAUGAUUGCGAGACGAAAAGUUAUGGCCUGAAUUGGCAUUUUCUUGGCAUCCAAUGCCCAAAGUGCAACUCUUUCAAUACAGCUGUGGAGCAGGUUCUCAGUUCUGGGGAGUAG